CAUUCUAUUGGUCAGUCUUGCUGAUGUCGCCGCGAAAGAUUUCUAUAAAUCAUUCGAGCCGCCAAUUAUUCAAGAUAGUGGCGUCUCGUAGCGAAGAUUAGCAGAAAUUGUAGAACUUUACAUGUGACACUUGUCUUCACGGGCAAUGUACGGAGUAUUGUAAAGAUAAUAAUAUGUGUAUAACGAACUUAAAUCUGGUAAUAUGUCGAAUGGAUUCAUACAUUCCGUAAAAGUGCCGAAAAUUUAUAAAAUAACGGCUAAUAUUGUACGCUGCGUCCAAGAACAGGGAGGUAGUCUGAAGACUCUCAUUUACGAGAAGAAACACCCUAAUGUAUCAGGCAUUUAUGCUCUAUCAGUAAAUACUCUGAAAGCUGAUCACAAGUUAGACUUACUUCUCCAGAAUACUCAGAUUCUCACACAACAGCCUCGUUUGGACCCUUGGCUCACCAAAGUACUGAUAACAGAACUGCUGUGGGGUAAAAAAUACCUGCCUAAUCAAUCCAAACCAAUUCAAACUGUCUUAUCAUAUGCAGACUUACUGCGAAAGGAAUUAUUGAAUCUUGAGAGCACGAUAUCUUCUACAACGCUUAAAAAAGUACAAAGACCUAGAUAUGUGCGCAUUAAUACACUUCUGUUAUUAAUUGAACAAGCAAUUUCCUUGUUUGAAAGGGAAGGAUGGAAGCUGAUAUCUAAAAGUGCCACAUAUCCGUCAUAUUUGCAAUCUUUAUCGUUAUUAUCUGAACCGUAUUUCAUACAAGAUUUCCACAUACCAGAAGUACUAGCUUUUCCGCCGUCGACGUUUUUUCACGAUCAUGCCAGCUACUUGGAUGGCCAAAUCGUUCUCCAAGAUAAGGCCAGCUGCUUGUCAGCGCAUCUACUGGCCCCCACCGAAGGUUCUACGGUGUUGGAUCUGUGUGCUGCACCUGGUAUGAAAUCGACACACUUGGCAGCUAAACUACAGAAUGUUGGAACGGUUCACGCCAUAGAAAUUGAUAGCGAGAGAUUCCAAACCUUACAACAACAAAUCGAUAUAACUCAUUCUUUUUGUGUGGAACCUCAUAAUCAAGAUGCUUUGACUCUCAAUACUAAACAGUUUCAGAAUGUACGUUACAUUCUAGUCGAUCCUAGUUGCUCCGGAUCAGGUAUCAUUGACAGACCGAAGCAGAGCGACUCAGACGGCAAAACUGAGCCAAGACGUCUGCAUAAUCUGCAAUCUAUCCAAGUUUAUUUACUCAGAUAUGCUCUUUUCAACUUCCCGGACGUAAAAAGAGUAGUCUAUAGCACUUGUUCUGUUUAUCCGGAGGAAAACGAACAAGUGGUCGACGAAGUUCUCUCUAAUGUCGGAGACGCUUAUCAUUUGGUGUCGAUGAAAGACAUAUUAAAAGAAAAAUGGCUGAAUUUUAGUUCACCGGCUUAUAACUGUGGCGAUAAGUGCCUAUAUUCGAAACCAGACGUUGACCUCUGCAAUGGUUUCUUCGUGGCGGUGUUCGAAAGAAACUUCGAAGUGCCCCUACCAAAGUGCAAUCGUAAGGGAGGUAACGUAAAGGUCGAACAAUCAAAUUUGGAUACUGAAAAAGACAAUAUAACAGAAAAUGAUACAGAAAUAAAUAAAAAAGUAUCAGAAGAAUCAAAAAGUUACAAAAGAAAAAAGCGCCGCCAGAAGAAGAAUAAAUUGUUGGAUAAGCAACUCGAGGAAUGUGUUAAUAAACAAAUGAGAAAAGUAUCAGAAGAUACUGAUGAACUUGAGAAGACUGAGGAAGUGAAAGACGAAAACAUGGAUGUUUGUUUUGAUUCAGGAGAUAGAGAAGUUAGAAGUACAGAAGAAGCAAUUUUGAAUAAAUUGGAAGAAAAUUCAGCACAAAGUACGAAAUCGAGGAAGUUGAAAGAAAAGAAAAAGUCAAAGGAUGAUGUGUUUGAAGCAGAGAAUGAUAAAAAUGAAAUAAUAAUUUGGGAUGUUGAAGAAAUGAAGCAAGAUGAAGCAGUCGGAACUAAGUUAUCAAAGAAGAGUAAAAGAAAGAAAAUGAAGGAAGAUAUAGAAGUAAUAGAAAUUAAUAAAUCGAAAAAAAAGAAAAAGUCAAAAAAUAAUGUGAUCCAAGAAGAGGACAAUACAAAUGAAAUAAAAGUAUACGAUGUUGAAGUGAAGCAAGAUGAAGAAGCCGGAACUAAGUUAUCAAAGAAGAGUAAAAGAAAGAAAAUGAAGGAAGAUAUAGAAAUAAUAGAAAUUGAUAAAUCGAAAAAAAAGAAAAAAUCAAAAAAUAAUGUGAUCCAAGAAGAGGACAAUACAAAUGAAAUAAAAGUUUACGAUCCUGAAGAAGUGAAGCAAGAUGAAGAAGUCGGAACGAAAUCGUCAAAGAAGAAUAAGAGAAAGAAAAUGAGGGAGGAUGUAGAAGUACUAGAAGUUGAUAAUGAUGUUAAAAGAUCAAACAAGAAUAAACAAAUUGAGAUUGAACCAGUAAAGAAGAAAAGAAAAAAAGAAGCUAAUCGAAAUGACAACGAAAUUGAUAAUAACGGAGGAAAGAAAUAGAACGAUUUACUAGUAAAUUGUAUAAAAAAAAUGAAAAUAUAAAAAUCUACAAAAACA